AUGACAUGGAAUUUUAUAAAACAUUUUAGUAAUUCAGCUGUUUUGACUUGUUUUCGAGCCAAAUGUGGAUGGAAAGGGAGCACACGAGCUCUUGCAGAUGUUAAAUCAAGUUACAAAAGGAUGAAUGCACUCCCUAAAGUGAAAAAAAUUAAGGAACUCACAGAAGAUGAAUUGAAUUUGGAACCUUUGUGCAAAGAUAGACAUUACGGAGAAAUCAUGUCAUGCAAAGAAGAUAUGAAAAACAGAUUGUUAUUGCAUUUACUUAUAGAAGAAAAAAAAGAACUUGUUAGUUGCAAAUACAGAUAUAUCUCAAAGAAAUUCUGGCAGGAAAGUGAUACUGAAAAGAUAUUAUAUGGACUUGAUGAUAUAGAAGGAGCAAGUGAUAUCAUCAUAGUGGAGGGUGAAAUGGACAAACUUGCAAUGGAAGAAGCUGGUUUUAGAAACUGUGUGAGUGUUCCUGAUGGAGCUCCUCCAAAAGUAAAUUAA